CAGGCCUCUCCACUCGGUCUCACUUUACAGCAUUCACACAGGGCACCAUAAUGGAAAAUGACCAGCAGCCUAUGCCUAUGCCUAUGCCAUACCCAUCUGCACAGCAGGACCCUCCACAGUACAUGGAGUACAAUGUAGGGAUCUACACCGCUCAGCCAGGGGUACAACCUGUUCAACAAGUUAUGUAUCAGUAUCCAGCCCAGGCUCAAGCUCAACCUGCCAACGUGAUCACGGUCCAACCAAAGCCCACUGAUUCCCCUGGACAGAUGAAGUGUCCUCACUGCCAAAACACUGUGGUAACUGCAGUAACAUACAAGAAUGGGCUGCUCACUUGGCUCAUCUGUGGAAUACUGGGGAUCUUGUUAAUUUGGCCCUGCUGUUUGAUUCCAUUCUGUGUGACUUCCUGUAAAGACGUGGAGCACUCAUGUCCGGCGUGCCAUGGUGUCAUUCAUCUCCACAAGCGCAUGUGAGGCAGAGCCAGUGGGGACUAUAUAAAACAGGCCCUCUGUGCUGCCUAAGGGAAA